UCAUUUGCUUUAUUCUAGGCUCCUGCGAGUCUGCUAAAAUUAGCAACGCACUACGUUGCUGCCAUGGCUCAACCAGCAGUGUCCUCUUGCAUUGAUUACAAAUGGAAGUAUGACGUGUUUCCUAGUUUUCAUGGUGAAGACAGUCGGUUAAGUUUCGUUAGCUUUCUUCGCGGAUCUCUACAUGAAAGAGGAAUCCGUGUCUUUAUGGAUGAUGAGCACAUCAGAACGGGAGAAGAAAUCACACCAGCACUUAUCAAAGCCAUAAGAGAAUCCAGGAUAGCUAUCAUAGUUUUCUCCGAGAACUAUGCCAACUCAACAUUCUGCCUGCAGGAACUUGUAGAGAUUCUCAAAUGCUUUAAAGAAGAAGGUCGGUUAAUAUAUCCAAUAUUUUACUAUGUGGAUCCAUCAGAGUUGCGACGUCCGAGAGCAAGCUAUGCAGAGGCUUUGGCUCGAUUGGAGGAAAGAUUUAAGGACAAUAAACAACAAGUAGAAAAUUGGAGGUUGGCUUUGUCCCAAGCAGCUAAUUUGAAAGGGUGUCAUCUCAAAGCCAACAUGCGUCAAGGAAUGUCACCAUUUGAAAUAUCUUUCACUGGAUCAUUGCAACCGACUUCAACAUAUUGAGGAGAUGCCACCAAACUUGGAAAAAUUCAGUGCCAUAUGCUGCAUGUCAUUGACAAAAACAUCUGAAAGCAGAGUAUUGUAUCAGGUACUCAACUUGCAACCUGGGAAAACAAACUUUAUCUUUCCUGGAGGUAAAUUCCCAGAAAAUGUUGAUAGUUAUAGUAGGGGAAGCUGUGUGUCCUUUUGGGUUCGUGAUGUGUUUCCAACAAUUUUUCUAUGGAUUCUUGUUAAACAAGAUCAGGAUUUUCUCUUCAAUUGUUCAUUCUUGGUGCACGUCAAUAAUGUCAAGCUAGACGUUUCUUCUGAGUGGCUUCUGUUAUCAACGAUGAAGAUGGGUCAUUUAUGUAUAUGCGAUCUGCAAAGUAUGAUUCCCAAGGCUGAACUGCCACAUGGAAAUAAAUGGAAUCAUGUGAAGGUUUCCAUCAAGAGCAAUGUCCAAGAAAUGAAAAAGGGAAGGGAUCAAUUUCACUUAGCCCUUCAUGUUUAUAAGCAACAAAAAAACUCAACAACCAUCCGAUUUAUGGAUCCUAGGACAACAUACAUUGAUAGUAACUCCUGGGAAAGAUUACAACAUCCACAACACCGGGAAGAACUUGAAGACAACAUGCCUUACCAAGACCUAGCUCCAGGUGUCGCCAAUCUCAAGGCCCAGGUUUCACAAAAUGAAGAUGUGAACGCAGAGCGAGCGGUAUUACCAUCCACAUGGAAUUAUGAUGUGUUUUUGAGUUAUAGAGGUGACAAUGAUGAAUGUUCAAGUUUUGUUAGCCAUCUCUACAAUCGCCUAUGCGGAAGGAGAAUCCAUACCUUCAUUGACAAUAAAUUUCUCAAGACAAGUGAGGAAGAAUUGAAAGCAAUACAAGAAUCCAAGACCACUGUCAUAGUUAUCUCCAAAAACUAUGCAUCCUCAACAUCUUGUUUGGAUAGUCUUGCCACCAUUCUUGAGUGCUUUAGCAUAGAAUGCCGAUUCGUUUAUCCAAUUUUUUAUGGCGUGGAGCCAUUAGAGUUGCGAGAUCAAACAGGGAGUUACGGAAAAGUAUUUGCAAGGCUUGAGAAGAUAUACAAACACAACAAACAACUAGUGCAGAAAUGGAGGCUGGCUUUGUCUAAAGCAGCUAACCUGAGAAGCAUUACCAGGUAUGUCCUUACCCUUUUUCUUAAUUAUUCUUAUUUUUGGACAUUACUUUAGCUAUUAAUACUCCCAUAUCUCAAAUUGGUUCAUUAAACAAAAACUUCAUAAAUAAGACAUACUACUUCCUAUUCUUAACAUAAGAGCUAAUUGAUUAAUUUGAGUAAAUUAAGAAAAUUAGU